CUUCUUCACUCAAGGCACCACACAGUCUCCUUUGUUUUUACUUAAUAUCCAUAGUCCGAGAAAAAAAAAAAAAAACAUAUUCUUGAUAACAAAUGGAUCAAGAAAGAGCAACGCAGAGCCCCUCAACUUCUACGGAACCUGUCCGGUCACGCUGGUCACCUAAACCGGAGCAAAUCUUGAUACUCGAAUCCAUUUUCAACAGUGGUAUUGUAAACCCACCAAAGGACGAGACGGUGAGGAUAAGAAAGAUGCUAGAAAAAUUCGGUGUAGUGGGCGACGCAAACGUCUUCUACUGGUUUCAAAACCGACGAUCAAGAUCUCGCCGGAGACAGCGGCAGAUUCAAGCCGCCACCGCCGCAGCAGCCACCUCAGGAAGAGCUGAAGACCUCCAGCACAUGACGGCCAUGAGCAUGCAUCAAUAUCCAUAUAGUAACAGCGAGAUUGAUUUGGGAUUUGGAAGUUGUAGCAACUCGUCAGCUAAUUAUUUCCUUAAUGGAACUUCGUCGUCAUCUCAGGUCUCUUCUUUUUUACUCGGACUCUCUUCAUCAAGUGGUGGGUGUGAGAGCAACAAUGGCAUGGAGAAUCUUUUCACAAUGUAUGGGCCGUAUGGCCAUGAAUCUGAUCACCAUCUGCAUAGCUCAAAUGCUCAUUCGGUUUUAUCCCUAUCUGAUGAAAACUCCAAUUUCCAAUACCAACAAGGGUUAAUAACGGUGUUUAUAAACGGAGUUCCGACGGAAGUAACAAAAGGAAGAAUAGACAUGAAAGCAACGUUCGGUGAAGGUUCGGUGUUACUACAUUCCUCUGGUCUUCCUCUUCCCACUGAUGAGUUUGGUUUCUUGCUGCAUUCUUUGCAACAUGGCCAAUCUUAUUUCCUGGUACCGAGACAGACAUGAACUAGCUAUAUAUCUUGUGUGGCAACAACAUAUACGGUCGAUUGUUUAUUGUUUUUCCUUACGUCUCUAUUGAUUUUUGUGUCUAUCUAUCGUGUAUAAUUUAGAUUUAAUAAAUGUUGGACUCGAUCGCCAGAUAUUUUGUUUUCUUGUCGA